CAAACGUUGAGGGUUUUUUAAACGGUUGCUGCAACCAGCAACUGUUAAGUGUAAAAUAUACCAUAUCGUAUGAACAAUCAGUGAAAUAUUGUUGUUUGUUUUAAAGUUCUAAAGUGCGACUUUCUUGGAAUUCACUCACCUCGUUUUGCACCACAUAGUUGCCCUCGUCUCUUCUUGACUCCUCACCGAAAAUCAAAAGCCAACCCUGCACUUCCACCAUCUGGCCAAAGAGGGGCGCGCGUUCACCGUGCGUGUUGACAUCAGAGGUGAGACGUGCGCCGUUGAACUUGUGCGUGUGUCGCUGUCCGUGCCACGACUCGCCGUCUCUUGUCCAUCUUGUGAAGCAGACAGAGGCGAGAAGACCUCCGUGCUGCCACAGGGGGAGAAAAAACCAGAGGAGGCGUUCGAUCACAUCCACCGGCGUUCUUCUGCUUCCUCUGCUCCUCUCCUCUCCUGCUGCUCCCCGCCGAGGCUGGGAGGCUCUCUGUCUGCAGACCGAGGCUCUGGAAGAAGGAGAUCUCGCGAGAGCUGCGGCGGAGGCUGGGGCUGGCCGUGGCUUUGCAGCAGCAGCAGCAGCAGCAACAGACAGAGGGAGAAGGCAGGCAGGCAGCAUCAUGGCGGACAGAGACAGUGGUAGUGAGCAGGGAGGAGCAGCCACGGGCCCAGGCUUCGCUUCCAUUCACCUACCGACAGGAGGGGCGGGCUCGGCUUCCGGGCUCCAGCAUGAGACGCAGGAGCUGGCGUCGAAGCGGGUUGACAUCCAGAACAAACGCUUCUAUUUGGACGUUAAGCAGAACGCCAAGGGCCGCUUCUUAAAGAUAGCUGAAGUCGGGGCCGGUGGAAACAAGAGCCGCCUCACUCUCUCCAUGUCCGUGGCAGUCGAGUUCCGUGACUACUUGGGGGACUUCAUCGAACACUACGCUCAGCUGGGUCCCAGCAACCCGGGGUUGGUCCAAGACGAGCCGAGGCGAGCGCUCAAGAGCGAGUUCCUGGUCCGGGAAAAUCGGAAAUACUACAUGGAUCUGAAAGAAAACCAGAGAGGACGGUUCCUGAGGAUUCGACAGACCGUUAACCGGGGGCCCGGUUUGGGAUCCACACAAGGCCAGACCAUCGCUCUCCCUGCGCAGGGACUUAUUGAGUUUCGCGACGCUUUGGCGAAACUUAUUGACGAUUACGGUGUGGAGGACGAACCGGCGGAGUUGCCCGAAGGCUCGUCAUUGACUGUUGACAACAAGCGCUUUUUCUUCGACGUCGGAUCCAAUAAGUACGGUGUGUUCAUGAGGGUAAGCGAGGUGAAGCCGACCUACCGCAACUCAAUCACGGUGCCCUACAAAGUGUGGUCCAAAUUUGGGAAUACCUUCUGUAAAUACGCCGAGGAGAUGAAGAAGAUCCAGGAGAAGCAGCGGGAGAAGAGGGCAUGUGAGAUGCAGCAGCAAGAGGAGAUGCAGGAGGACGAUGGAGACGAGGAUUGAUAACAGAGCAGCAAAACAGAAGGGGGUUUUUUUUUUUUCUAAAAAAAAAAA